AAGAGGUGACUGCAGCCAUGGCCAGGUGGUGCGGACUUUCUGAUGGCGUCCUUCUCGCGAUUGCGGUCGUAAUCUCCUGCUGGGUAUUCUCAAAAUUGUUUGUUGGCCCAGACCUGAGUGCAAUCCCAAGAGCUGGCAAGGGUCCAGGGUUCUUUGGGAUCGGAGCAGCCGGUGCAAAACGCGACUUCCACGUCAACGGGUCAAAAAUCAUCAACGAAGCGUAUCGCAAGUACAAGGGCAGUGCCUUCGUCGUUCAGACAUUGAAUACGGAGCGCAUCGUACUUAGCCCCAGGUAUAUCGAAGAAAUCAGCAGAAAUGUACCCGAAGCAAGCCUGAGUGUUGCCGACGGGUUACGAGAGAGACUACUGAGCUCACAGACAAACCUCGAUGCCGUCUUUGCGAGCUCGCUGCAUAUCGAUGUUUGCAAGACCCAAUUGAGCCAGAACCUCCACAAGUUGAUAGCUCCCCUCAACGAUGAAGCUAGUUUCUGGCUGUCGCAACGCAUUCCUGGUGAGGUGGAGUUAAAGGCCUACCAUACAAUGGUUCGAGUCAUAUCGGCAACAGCAUCGAGAAUGUUGGGUGGGCUUAUAGUCAGCCGAAACCAAGAAUGGCUCGAAACAGCAGCUGCAUACUCCAUGGACGUUGUGAGCGUCGCCAUGAAGCUAAGACCGUAUCCGGCCGCUCUGCGACCCUUGAUAUUUCCCUGGCUGCGUGGGUCAAAAAUCCUGGACCAUCACCUACGGACGACCAAGAUGGUCUUCAGUCCCAUGUUCGCGAAACGACUCGAGUUGCAAAGCUCUGAGAAGCAGGACGACCACGAAAAGCCUGCUGACAUGAUUCAGUGGAUGGUCGAUUCGGCAAGCGGGACAGACAGAGACCCGGACGUACUAGCUCACAACAUGCUAUUCAUGUCCAUGGCCGCGGUGCAUACAAGUUCUGCGACGGCCAUCCAAGCGCUGUUUGACCUUUGUGCAAACCCCCAAUACAUGGAACCACUUAGAGACGAGGCUCAGGGCGCCAUCAGGGAACAUGGUUGGACGUUGGCAGCCAUUAAUAUGAUGAAGAAGCUGGACAGCUUCAUGAAGGAGUCGCAGCGACUGAAUCAGGCGGUACUGAUGACCUUUAACCGUCGAGUGGUAAAGACUGUUCAACUAUCCGAUGUUACACUGCCGGCUGGGUCGUACAUCACUAUGCCAAGCGACGCCGUAGCACGCGAUCCUGAAAUCUACACAGACCCCGAAACCUUUGAUGGCUUCCGCUUCUACGACAAGAGGAUGUCGUCCAGGGCAGAUGCAAAUCGUCACCAGUUCGCCACAACGGGGCCCGAAAAUCUCGCAUUUGGCUACGGGAAAACCGCAUGCCCCGGCCGCUUCUUUGCUACUGCCCAGAUUAAGGUAGUGCUCGCAAAUCUUCUCCUAAACUACGACAUCUCGUUCCCGCGCGGGCAGACGUCGCGUCCAGCAAACGUGAGAAAGGGUGGACUUGUACGUCCGGACCCCAGGCAGAGCCUGGUGUUUGUGCCUCGAGCAGCCUAGACGACAACAUAGGGUCAAUUAACAAGGCGGAUGUGUGAC